GGGAGAGGGAGAGGGAGAGAGAGAGAGAGUUCUGAUAUUUCCUAUCGACAAUAUAAUACGAAGCAGCGACAAUGUCAGCUCGCCGAGAGGACGAUCCUCGUAUCCAUGGCAUCAAAUCUCAAAUCCGUGUUGUUCCUGACUUCCCAAAGCCAGGGAUUAUGUUUCAAGACAUCACCACACUGUUACUCGACCCUAAAGCCUUCAAAGACACCAUCGAUUUGUUCGUCGAGCGUUACAAAGGCAAAAAUAUUUCAGUUGUUGCUGGAAUAGAGGCUCGGGGUUUUGUAUUUGGUGCUCCCAUUGCAUGGGCAAUAGGAGCAAAGUUUGUCCCCCUGAGAAAACCAAGGAAGCUGCCUGGGAAAGUUUAUAAAGAAGAAUAUAUCUUGGAAUAUGGAAGCGAUUGCCUUGAGAUGCAUGUUGGAGCGGUUGAACCUGGUGAGCGAACUUUGGUGGUUGAUGAUUUGAUCGCCACUGGUGGCACCCUUUGUGCAGCUAUGAAUUUGCUGGAGCGGGCUGAGGCUGAAGUUGUUGAAUGUGCAUGUGUGAUUGAAUUACCAGAUCUAAAGGGUCGUGAGCGGUUGAAUGGCAAGCCUCUCUAUGUUCUUGUGGAGUCUCACUAGCACUGGCAGGUGAUGAUACGAUUCUGUUGCCAUGCUGCAGCACAGCAAAAUGUACAUUAGAGGGCAUCUGAAGAUCAUCUUUCAUUUUUUUCUCCUCCAUUUCUUUUAGUAGAUUUUGAGGAAGAGAGUCAAGACCCUUAACUUAAUUUUCUCCACUAGCUUAGAAACAUUGAGGCUUCCUGCUUCCUGAAUACAAUGUCAUUUUGUUGCAACAAAGCUUAAAGGGUUAUCUUCACUAAUCCUUUGUUUUGAGCUGAUGACCACGAAACAAACAGUGUGAAGUUAUCAGUGUUUAGUAACAGUUUUAUUGGUUUGCACUCGAGGUUGCUCCACUGUGACCCGGAGGUCACGGGUUUGAGUCGCGAGCUUACAAAAGUAAGACUACGUAUAUCUAAUUUUUUCCAGACUUUGUAAUGGCGGGAGCCUCGUACAUUAGAUACGCCUAUUUACUUGAAUUCAUAUAUGUUUUCCAUAGAGC